CUUGACUUAAUUGGUGCAGAACCAAAUGUGACUGGGAUGAGAAAUGAAAAUGAAUUGUGUAGUCUGACAAAUCACAAUUCACUUUAUUCGAGUCUGACAAAUGAAUACGAGUUUGGUGCAGGGUUGGGGAAGAAUACAAUAUAG